AUGACUGAUUUGGAGCCAGAGGACUCUGGACGUUACUGGUGUGCUGUGGAGACCAGUGGUGGAUCAGAUGUCAGGACAGGAUGGUUCGAGCUAUCUGUCACUGCAGCUGCUGAGCCUGUUCAGACUGACAACACAGUCCAAGGACCUGAGGGGGGCAAGGAGAAGGACUCCAUGAGACUCUCAGUUGCUUAUCGAGUGUCUGUGAAGACAGGAAGCUCCACCACCAUCCCAUGUCGCUAUGAUCUGAAAUACAAAACCCAUGUGAAAUACUUAUGUAAAGUAGAUUAUUUGGUAAGAUGCUCCCCUGAUGUACAUUCUAAGAGCAUACAUAAGGCCUCAAUCUCUCAUGACAUCAACAAGCAAACCUUCACUGUGACCAUGACUGAUCUGGAGCCAGAGGACUCUGGACGUUACUGGUGUGCUGUUGAGAUCAAUGGUGGAUCAGAAGUCAUGAUAGAAAGAUUCCAACUAUCUGUCACUCCUGGUACUCCAGAACUCUAUGUGGACCAACAGGAGGUGACUGGAGUUGAAGGAGGGAGUGUCAUUAUGAAUUGUUACUAUAGUAACACUGGAAAUAGGAAGUGGUGGUGCAGGAUUGGUGGCAGUGUCUCCUGUGUGAAGAGGGAUUCUGGGACUCUAGAUGGAGCAUCAGUGACCCUACAGCAGACCACUGAUGCCCCCAGAGGAAACGUCUUAACGGUGACUAUGAGUGGACUGAAGAUGGAGAACACUGGCUGGUACAGGUGUGGAGUGGGAGACCUUAUGAUGCCUGUUCACAUCACUGUCAGACGACAACCCACCACACAAAGUACCACCACUAUGACCACAACUAAAGCUCCAACCACUGAACAAUCAUCUUUCUCUCCAACUGCUGAGCCUGUUCAGACUGACAACACAGUCCAAGGUCCUGAGGGGGGCAAGGAGAAGGACUCCAUGAGUUCCAUAGAUCUAAAAAUGCUACUGAUUCCUCUGGGCAUGUUGGUGGUGGUGAUAUCUGGUGUCCUAGUCACAUGGAAGAUGUGGAGAAAGCAUAAGGACAAUAAAGCCAUGGACCAGACAACAAACACCUCAGGGGACCCAUUUCCUGCCAAUGGUGAUGAUGUGAUGUACAGCACUGUUGUCCCCAAGAGGAGGAACCAGCUAAAUGUACAGACCAAGGCAGAAUCUGAUAAUGUGGUCUACAGCUCGCUAGCCCUACAGCUGGACCCAUUUCCUGCCAAUGGUGAUGAUGUGAUGUACAGCACUGUUGUCACCAAGAGGAGGAACCAGCUAAAUGUACAGAGCAAGCACUACAUCUCCUUCACAUAG